GCAAUAGCCGGUAAAGCAGUGGCGCGACCGUCUCUCCCCGUCGCUUCAGCUACAUGAAAUCCAAUCUAGCUUGAGCCUAGUCUUCUUCACAAACACACUCUCUCUCUCUCUCUCCACGCAAUUGGGUUUGGUUUACAAAUCCCGUGGAUCCAUACCCAUCUCCUUAUCAUUCGAAGCUUCCCCAUUUCUUCUGGGAUUUUCCCAGGAAAAAUUCCCAUUUUGAAAGAAGAAGAAGAAGAAAGCGGGGAAGAUUGCAGAGAAAGUUGUCAGCUUUAAUUAUCCAUGUGGUCGCAGUGGUAGUCAGUCACUGAAAGUGAGACGGCAUAGUUUCAAAACCAUCCUCCUUUUCUUUCCUUUUUUUUUUGUGCUGAGCGUCUCUCUAUUCUCUCUCCUCGCAAUGCACGAAGGAAUCUCUGCGUUUCAAGGCUCCUUGCGGUUCCAUUUCUAAUGUUUCUCCGCGAAACCAUGAAACUUGCUAGCUGAUGUGGCGAGUGCUGUCAAUUCCCUCGCUUCAGUAGGAAAUGCUUCCCCGCUUUGAGAUCUCCUGAAGGUUUGUAGUAUCUCGGCUUGGGUAUUUUGAGCUGAUUUGGAGCUUUUAUAUGAAUUGAUGAAUGUUAAUGUGGGUUCUUCAAAGUGGGUUAGUACGAUUUUGUGGAUUUCUGGAGGCUUAGAGGCGGAGAUCUGAGUUUAGCGUAAAGUUCUGGUAAUUAGAUGUUGCCGCAGGAGCAAAAGCCGAGUUAUCAUCCAUGUUCAUGGUCUACGAGCUGAUUUGUCAAGUCAUAAGCAUAAGCAAGAUGGGGGUUUUAGUGGAUAAUAUUGGUGGGUUUGCUGUACUCUUUGUGAAUGUGAGCUAACCCCACCAGCUCAGAUAACUGGGAAUAUCGGUGAUUUUGGGAACAAGCGGAAUAACGAGUUUUGAGGAAGUUUGGCUAGUAUCUAUGUCUGGAGCACCCAGAGUGAGGUCGAUGAAUGUGGCUGAUUCUGAGACGAGACCUGUACUAGGUCCAACCGGCAACAAGGCGAGUUCUCUGAGUGCCCGCAAACCCAGUUCGAAGCCAUUGAGAAAGAAGGAUAAGUCACCUGAUGAGUAUAGAACGGCCGAGGGAAAGAAGGCCUCUCAAUUUGCAACAGUUACUUCAUCCUCUCCCCAGUUGCAUCCUGCUAAUGGUUCCUCUGUACUUAGGCGGCACGAGCAGCUCUUGCAUUCUAACUCGUCCUUGAAUGUGUCUUGCUCAUCUGAUGCCUCUACGGAGUCAUUUCAUAGUCGGGCAUCUACUGGAAGACUCAUUCGAUCAAGUAGUGUUGGGUAUCAAAGAAAGCCUGUUUCCUCGAAGCCGAGGAGUGUCUUUUCUGAUGGCAGUUUGGAUUUUCUGCCAUCAGUAGGUCCACAGGCAAAAAAGACUUGCGCUUGGGUGACGCCAAAUACAGAGCCUUGCUAUGCUGCUUUCCAUGACGAAGAAUGGGGUGUUCCAGUGCAUGAUGAUAGGAAAUUGUUUGAGCUUCUUGUCCUCUCUAGCACCCUUUCUGAACUUACAUGGCCUGCCAUUCUGAGCAAAAGACACACUUUCAGAGAAGUCUUUGCUGACUUCGACCCGCUUGCUGUUUCAAAGAUGAACGAGAAGAAGACAGUAACACCAGGAAGUGCUGCGAGCUCCCUUCUAUCAGAAUUAAAAUUGCGUGCUAUCUUUGAGAAUGCGCGUCAAAUAACUAAGGUCAUAGAAGAGUUCGGUUCAUUCGACAAGUACAUUUGGAGUUUCGUGAAUCAUAAACCCAUAGUUAGUAAAUUCCGAUACCCUCGUCAAGUCCCGGUGAAAUCCCCGAAAGCAGACGUGAUCAGCAAGGACCUCGUCAGGCGGGGCUUCCGAAGCGUGGGCCCCUCGGUCAUCUACUCGUUCAUGCAAGCAGCGGGCCUAACCAACGAUCAUCUCAUCAGCUGCUUCAGGUUCCAGGCAUGCAUCUCCACUGUGGAAGGGAAGGUAGAGACCCGUGCCACGGAAAUUGCCCGUGACGAGAAAGUCGAUGGUCCGAGCGAACACGAACUGUCCGCAGCCAUGGACGAAUUGGACUUCUCUGAGGAAUUGUGACGUACAUAGCCCCGAGGCCAGACCUCGAAUAUUCGAACGAACCUUUGACCCUCCUUGUGUAGCUACACCACCAUGUUGGCGGCCUGGUGAUGACAAACAUGUUAUGUGUAUAAAAUUUCGUGAACUGAAUCGAUGGUGGAUUUUUCUUGCUUGUAGAGAGUAAUGAAAACAUAUAUUUCAUGGUAA